UAAUUGCCCUUAAUGAAACAUGCAAUGUUAGUAAAAAAAUGGCAGGCUAAGGUAAUUAUGACAAUAUGAUCGUGCUUUAAUAGUAUAGAUAUUAAUAAAAUUACUAAAAAACACUAUACUUUUUUAUAUUGUUGAUAUUUAUGUUUCCAAACAAUUCUCAUUUAUACUAUUAUUCAUAUUUUCAAACAGUAUUAAAAUGUACUUCAAUUUUAAUAAUAUAGAUAAUAAUAUUUUUGUUGCGUUAUAGUCGUAUGCAUUAUUUAAAAAACUGUUUACACCGGUUACAUAAGUUUUCUCAUAUGGUUGCAUCUUAACAAUAUUAACAAUCUCACUGGAAAUCUUCGUCUAAUAUUCAAUUUUCGGUAAGCUAUUCAAUUUUUUUCUUCUAUAAAAAAUGUAACAAUAACAUUUGACAAUUUGAACCAGUGGGCAAGUGUGCACGAUGUUAGCUUCGUUGGAGUAUUAAAGUUUAUUAUUGGAAAGGGAUCAAAGAGAAUAUACUUUCAUACAAUGUCAUUUGACAUUGGAUCCAUAUUGGCGUGGGAGAGAGAUAGAUAGGCAUCAACAAAAUUCGUGUAGAAACAAGAAAGAAGAGGAAUAGUUUAUCAAAUCGAAUAGAAUGGAGACUGAAGAAGCGAGUCGUGGUGAAAGUGGGUAUGUGGUGUGCGGAUCAUGGAUUCGUCGCCCGAAGAAAGUAAACUGGGCCAUCAUCGCCAAAGCUGCCAAACGACGUGGCUCCUCUUCUCCUCCUCUCCUUAACAUCUACUCUUUUGAUCCCAUCACUACUUCUCUCUCCUCCUCUCCCUUGUCAACACAUGCGCUCAAUGAGAGUGAUGGUGAUCCUGUGGCAAUCUCAGUGCACCCUGGCGGAGAUUAUUUUGUUUGCUCAACUUCCAAAGGUGGUUGCAAGUUGUUUGAGAUUGCCGGAGGAGCAACAACAGGUAUUACUAUCUUAGAAAAAGAACUCCCUCCUCUACAAAAUGCUGGACUACAAAAGUGUAUGGCCUUCAGCUUUGAUGGGUCUAAAUUAGCUGUUGGUGGAGUGGAUGGAUGUCUGAGAAUUAUGGAUUGGCCAAACCUAAGUGUAAUCUUGGAGGAGCCAAAAGCACACAAAUCCAUUCGGGAUAUGGAUUUCAGUUUGGACUCAGAGUUCUUAGCCACAACAUCAACAGAUGGAUCAGCUAGAAUAUGGAAAGCAGAAGAUGGUUUCCCUUUGUCUACUUUGGAACGUAGUGGGGAAGAAAAUAUUGAACUGUGCCGAUUCUCUAAAGAUGGAACAAAACCUUUUCUGUUCUGUGCUGCUCAGAGAGGUGACGUUCCUGUGGUAAAUGUUUAUGACAUUAGUACAUGGAAGAAGCUUGGGUUCAAGAAGCUGUCAAGGAAGAGUGCAUCUACAAUGGCAGUCAGCUUGGAUGGCAAAUAUAUUGCUUUGGGUGGCAAAGAUGGGGAUAUAUCAAUCGCUGAAGUGAAGACAAUGGAGAUAUACCACUACAGUAAGAGGCUGCAUCUCGGUCAAACCAUUGCUUCACUUGAGUUCUGCCCUAGUGAAAGGGUGAUGCUGACAACAUCGAGUGAAUGGGGUGAGAUGGUGACAAAACUCACUGUACCAAAGGAGUGGAAAGAGUGGCAGAUAUAUGCACUAUUGUUUUGCUUGUUCCUGGCGUCAGUGGUACUUGCAUACGUGUUCUUCGAGAACUCAGAUUCGUUUUGGAAGUUACCAAUGGGGAAAGAUCAAAGAAGACCAAAGAUUAGUCUUUUUGGAGAUUCAUCCACGUCUGCUAAGGAUCAUAAUAGGUGGAACUUGGACCUAUAGAUAAAAGAGAUUUAUGUAUAUCUAAGAAACCUUUUCUGUUUUUUUUUUUCUCUUUUCAAAACUUUGUUGCAUGUUUUUCCUUUCCCCGUUCUCAUCAUUCUGAUUUAUUUUAUUUUCUCUCAACCGUUCCUCUGUAUUCUGAUUUUGAACACUGUAAGAAAUUUUUCUCCAACUUUAGAAUUCAACAUAUACCAAAAACGCAGAAAAAUUAGUGGGACAAGAUUGUACUUGGUGCU